AUGGGCGCCGGCACGACGUCGCCGCAUGGCACGUCGAGUCCCAUGAUGAGCAUGAACACCACAACAACAGAGCACGACUUCCGCUUUCCCCGUAGACCAACGGGUGGUCCUGGUGCGGUCCACGGGCCGCCUGGCCAGCGCCAGCAACACAACCACCACCACCACCAUCACAACAACAACAACCUCAGCCUCGAUUUCCCCAGUGACCAUUUCGAGCAGCAUGACUUUGGUGACAUGGGUGCCAUGGCUGACAUGCACACGUCGGUUUCGACCAUGGCGCCGUCGCACCCCGUGGAUGCCGUGGCACCGCCCACCAGUCCGUCCGCCGCUGGCCGUCUGGGCCUGGACGUGGAUACAUUGUUUCAGUCGGCCCAGAGCCGUCUGACGCGCGACGAUGUGUUUGCCGAUCUGCGACGGGGUGCCGGCGGUAGCAAGACGUCGGCGACGCCCGGCAGCCCCGAGGAGAUGCAGAAGCAGGACCCUCUAGCCACCGAGAUCUGGCGCUUCUUCUCCAAAACGAAGCAGCAGUUGCCCAACAUGGAGCGCAUGGAGAACCUGACAUGGCGCAUGAUGCACGUUAAGCUCAAGUCGGCCCAGCCCACAAUGCCCCCGCCUUCGAAGGCCGCCCCUGUGGCCAACGCCCCGAGCGGCAUCGCCCAGCUGCGCAAGUCCAGCGAGCAGAGCAUGUUGUUCCAGAAGAGCAACAACCAGCAGCAGUCCGCCUACGGCGUGCCCGGGUCAUCCAGCGACCACAUGAGCAUGGACGACUUCAUCGACCCGCGCAACGUGGCGUCGUCCGCCGACGUCACAGCUUUGACCCCGGAUGCUGCUGGUGGCAUGAUGAUUCCCGGCAGCAAGGACCGCCACUUGUCGGGUCAUGCCGUCGCCGGCGCCAUCCCCAUCAAGUCCCGCCGGGAGUCUGGAAAGUCGUUUGUUCCCCAAAGCGUGCCCGUCGCCCAGCACCAGGUCGGCCAGGACGAGUUUGCCUACGUCACCCGCCAUCACCGCAAGACGAGCAUCGACGACCGUCGGGUGCGUCCUCCUCCUCCUCCACCUCCACCAGCUCCAGCUCCCACUUCCCACCCCUCUUCCUACCAAGGCCCUGGACCCAAACUCAAACUAACAACUCAGACACGGAAACGGCCUGCCAACUUCUCGCCCCAUGUGCCGGCUUCUGGCAGCACGGCCGACUUGGAUGUCGACCCGGACCUUCAGGACUACGCUCUGGACCACACCAUCUCGAAUGGUCUCACCAACCGCGACCACCCCACGCCGAACGGCAUCCCCUUCCCUCUGGACUCCUUUAUGGACAAUGAUGGCCUGUUGACCUCGGCUGGCCCGUUCCAGCAGCAAUUCUGCAUUUCGCCCUCCUCGUCGCCCAUGGUCAACCAUGGCCUCUUCUCCAACCUGUACGGCAACAGUGGCCCAUCCAUGCCUUCGUCGUCCAUCCCCACGACGGCUGAUUACUACUCUCCGCCCGGUUCGGCCUACCACUCGACCGCCUCGACCCCGCACCCGCUCAACGACGGCAGUGUCGGCGGGCCCAAUGGCGAUGGCUUCUACUUUGGCGCCAUGGACAUCCGCGGCCAGCCCCAGCGUGGUCCUCAGGGCUUCCGCCAGGGUGCCCCCUCGACCACGAGUGCCAUCUCGUCGUCGAUCGCCAGCAGUAUCACGACGACUGCAGGCCACUCGGCAAACCCGCUCAUGUACGGCAGCAGUGCGGGCAACAGCAUCUUCCAGCCGAGCUCCAUGUCGACCACGGGCCCCGAGAGCGUGUCGGGCUUCUCGACCUCUUUUAGCCACAUCGACCCGACGCAGGUCUUCCACCAGCAGCACCACGAUGCCCAGGUGUCGGCUCCGUCCCCGGGCCUCUCCAACAGCAACAACUUGUUGAGCGACAACAUGUUUUCGUUUGGCGCCGAUUCCGAUGCCGACGAGGAGGAGGCGGGCGCGUUUGCUGACCGCAACAUGACCAUGAGCAGCGGCGAAUACUCGCCCGGCAUGGACGACCCUGGCAUGGACGGCAGCAGCGGUGGCCCUGGCUCGGUGGGCAACGGCAGCAACCUUGGCUGGGACGCGUCUCUUCCUGGCCAGUUCAGCACCCAGGCGGCACGCUACCCGGGUGGCAUCCCGCCACGCAAGCAGGUCACGAUUGGCGGCACCACCACCAACGAUUUCAGUGACAUGAACACGGUGGAGUGGGACGGUAGCAGCAGUUCCAUCAACGCCACCGGCACCAACCACAACAGCAGCGGCGCCAGCAGCCUCACGCGCUCGCAGUCGCAAUCUUUCCGCAACGGCAGCAUCAGCGGCGCGUCCACCACCGCUGACCGCCGCCAGCAGAAGAUGCCCCGCACGGCCUCGACGCCCAACGUCAACCGCGCCGGCAGCAUCUCGGGCGGCUUUGACUUGAUGGGCCAGUCGAACCCCAAUUCGCCGCCCAACGACCUGGGUGGCCACGCGUCGGGCUACAGCUCCGUGGCGCCCAGCCGCCCGUCCACGCCGCCCAUGCCUGGCUCCAAGCACGGCUCGUCCACCAACUUGCAGGCCCAGGGCGAGUCGUCGGCCCCGACAACGUGCACCAACUGUUUCACGCAGACCACGCCGCUGUGGCGCCGCAACCCCGAAGGCCAGCCGCUGUGCAACGCCUGUGGUCUGUUCUUGAAGCUGCACGGCGUCGUCCGCCCGCUGAGCUUGAAGACGGAUGUGAUCAAGAAGCGCAACCGUGGCUCGGGUGCCAGUCUUCCCGUGGGCGGCACGAGCACCCGGUCUGGCAAGAAGGGCGGCGCAUCGGUUUCCAGCACCCGCAAGAACUCGACGCUGUCCAUGACCGCCACGGCCUCGUCGUCCAACGUCACUAUCCAAUCGGCCGCGGCUGCGUCGUCGAGUGUCACGACACCGCCCUCGCAGCUCAACCGCGCCGGCAGCAUCAACGACAGCGAGAGUCCCUCCAGCGGAAACGGCGGCAACACAGCCGGCAGCACACCGGCCAGCUAUUCUGGUUCGGUCAGUGGCGGCAAGGGUGUCGUGCCCAUUGCUGCGGCGCCGCCCAAGAACACGCCCGGUCCUGGUGCUGCGUCCCUGCCGCGUGCUCUCGCUGCCGCGUCGUCGUCGUCGUCGUCCACCACGUCCAAGCGCCAGCGCCGCCACAGCAAGAGCGUCAGCAAUAUAAACUCCAGUAGCUCCACUGCCAACGCCACCAACACCACCAACAACAAAAACCAGUCCAUGGCAGUCACGCCCAGCGACGUCGGCCUCGGCGGCAGCAGCAUCAUGGACAUUGACAGCCCCGCCAACUCGACGGGCUCCAACGACGCGUCAGCGCUGUCCAUGAGCGCCAGCACGGGCCUCAACUUUUUGGAUAAGCACACCAGCAAUCUGGGCCUCGCCAAUGCCUUCGGUGUCACACAGCGCCCGAUUGUCAGCCCCAGUAUGAUCGGCAUGGGCCCUGCGGCCUCGGGCGGCUCGAUGAUGACACCUGGUGGCUCGGCGGGCGGUCCACAGGAGUGGGAGUGGCUCACCAUGAGUCUUUAA